UAAUAGUGCUGAAACAAAUCUCCAACGGUAUAUACGUUUGUGAGUCCUAAUUUGGUAUUGAAAUAUGCGUUAAACCUUCUUUACCAACAAGUCUUUGUUUUGUGUAGCUAAAAGUGCUCAAAUGCUAACAUCGCGAUAUGUUGCUGUGUUUAUCUUUUGCCAGCCACAUAUUUUCCGAGAUUUGGAAUACGUACAUAUAAAGUUAUACAAGUAAAGAGAUUUUACAAUUUAAAAAGAUUUAUGUUUACAGGGAUAUUUUGUAGUAAAAAAAAAAAACUAAAUCCAAAACAAAUCAAACAACAAGCAACUGAAUAAAACACAUAAUCAUUAUGUAUCAAUAGUAUUUAAUAUAUUACUUUAUUACUUGCAUUACUUUAGUGUAUCGUAUGGAGGAGUGAUACACGAAUAAAAUGAGCCCUAGUUUGUAAGAAUACGAUAAGGAUUAAGGAUGUUAUGUCGCAAAUUGGCCCAAAUUUUCUUGCCCAGAAAUUAGUGUAAAUCGUUGGGAAAUGUGUGACCAGAACCUUGACUCUUUGGAAGAAAAAUGCCUGGAUGUUUACUAUUAGUUGAGACGCAAAUGUGAUAUUUAAACAGGCCAUAUUCAGAUUGAUCACUGGCGUCUGCUCGAGCCAUCUCAUUUUACAGGUCAAAGUGAGAGCAAGCGCAUCUUCAGAUUGACUUCAAACUACGCAGAAAACAACAGAGUGAUUUUGCUGCCAUGCCGGUGCAUCGUGACCGUGAAAAGAAGGAGAGCACGGCAGAGGAGAUGGAGGUGGAGGAUCAGGAGCAAGAAGGAUUCAGUUCCGAGGAGGAGGAUUCUGAAACGUCCUCUGUCUCCGAAGAUGGAGACAGCUCUGAAAUGGAUGAGGAGGAUUGUGAGCGAAGAAGGAUGGAGUGUUUGGAUGAAAUGUCAAAUCUAGAGAAACAGUUCACCGAUCUCAAAGACCAGCUUUAUCGGGAACGUCUCACUCAGGUCAACAGCAAGCUGGCAGAAGUGGAGGCCGGCCAUGCGGCAGAAUAUUUAGAUCCUCUGGCCGUGCUGCUGGAGAACAUGCAGGUCCGCACCAAGGUGGCAGGCAUCUACAAGGAGUUGUGCUUGGAGUCUGUGAAGAAUAGGUACAAGUGUGAGAUCCAGGCAGCGUGCCAGCACUGGGAGAGUGAGAAACUGUUGUUGUUUGACACAGUUCAAAGUGAAUUGGAAGAGAAAAUAAGAAGACUUGAGGAAGACAGACACAGCAUAGAUAUAACAUCAGAGCUGUGGAAUGACGACCUUUCAGGAAGGAAGAAGAGAAGAGAUGCUUUAAGUCCGGAUAAGAAGAGGAGACGACCUUCAGUAGUGUCUGGCCCUUAUAUAGUCUACAUGCUUCCUGACUUGGACAUCCUGGAGGACUGGACGGCUAUCAGAAAGGGGGAAGGCGGAGUCCGACAGCUCCGCUUUCCCGUUCAGACCGGACAGAAGCCGACCCAUUCUCAACUGCUGAGACAUGGCAACACACCCACAUCAUGUGAAAACACGUAGCUCAACAUUUGAGUGGGACGCCGGCCGCUAAGAUUCCUCCUGCCUCCAACGGGAACACGCAAGACGCCCUUUAAAUCAAACAACAAGAUUAAACGUUUGAUACCAUUGCAACCCGAGCGACGGAUAGGGUUAAGAUCAAAUUUUACAUUUGAUUUGUUUCGAAGUGAAUCCUGACACUCAACUGCUUUUACUUGUGCUUAAAGAAAAAAAGAAUGCUUCACAUCUUUUUCUAUUUGGUAACAUUUAGAAAAGUCAAAUAGGUAUUUAUUUUCCUCACUGUAACUACUGCCAUCAUAAAUACGGACAUUCAUUGUUUUGGUAAGGUAAUGUGAGUCAUUCUUACUGGAAUUUCAGGUCAACCCAGCGGUGUGACAGCUUUUUUUCAUUUAUUUUAUUUUACAGAGCACAAACUCUUACACACAGUCUGAAAUGACCUCUUUGUGAAAAAUUGUUCCUCAUAGGAAGGCUUGUAACUAUUAUGCAGGGAAAUUGGCAUUUCAAUGUUUUAUUUUAUAUUGAUCAAAUUAAUUUAAUUGGAUUUAACAUUUUUUUUCGUUCAUCUUUUGUACAGUUUGGUGGUCAUUGCAAUUCUUAUUGCCUGUACCACUAUGUCACAUUCUUAAAUAGUUUCAUAUUUCCUUGUGAGUCUUGCGUGACUGUGUGAUUGUUGUCAAGGAUGUAUUGAACUGCACUUCAGUUACAUAUUUAGUUUUAAGUUAGUAGACAAACCUUUCAGAAGGUUUCCAAUUGAUGCCAUUUUAAUAGGAAGAAAAUUUCAGUUAAUCUAGACAAUUGACUUGGUUUGUGGGAUAUCUUGUUUGAGUCCUUGGUUUUUCUCAAAUAUCUUUUUGGACAAAAUACACUCAAAUCACUCCCUACAAACGCAAAACUGAUUUGGUCAAAAAGUUGGGGCAUUUUAAAAGGUAGAGACCAAAAACAGCAGAUGGUAUUGUACUUAUAUACCUCUGUUCUAUUGUCUGAAUUUAAUUUGUUAAAAUAUAAACAUGCCUCCAUUUUAACCAGUUGCUGCUAAUCUGCAAACAUAAGCAUGAGCAUUUGUUUUUUUCAUUCGAGCCUGCAGUGAGGAUGCUUCAUCACAUCCAUGAUGAACAAAAAACUGUUACGUGAAGGUAACUGAUUAAUUUGUAAUGGCUGAUGAACAAACUGCCAUUUAAUUGUAUUAAUUUUAUGAAUUGCUAUUUUUUUUAUGCUAAUCUAGUUGACAUUUGGGAUUUUUUUUCACACAGUAAAUGCAUAUAUGAAAGCAAAGGGUUAUUGAGGAUUUAAAUUAUUUUUUAAUAAAAUGAAUUUUAUAGAGUUCAA